AUGGGCUUUGACGGUACCUCCGUCAGUCCUCAAAUUCGCUCCCUUAUUGAGAAUUACCAUCUGGGCUCUGUUCUGCUAACAGCCAAGAAUUUAAAAUCUGCAGAAGAGGCCACACAGUUAGUUCUCGAGCUGCAAACAAUUGCCCGGGAUGCUGGUCAUCCUGUGCCGUUGCUUAUUGCCUUGGACCAAGAAAAUGGCGGGGUAAAUAGCCUAUACGAUGAAAUCUAUAUCCGACAAUUCCCGAGUGCCAUGGGCAUUGCUGCGACGGGUUCAAAGACAUUGGCCCAUGACGUCGCCGUGGCUACUGCCCAGGAACUCAAGGCUGUCGGUGUCAAUUGGAUUCUUGGCCCCGUUCUCGACGUCCUCACCAACGUCCGAAGUCAGCCUUUGGGCGUUCGUACCUCGGGCGACGACCCCCAGGAGGUGUCGCAGUACGGCGUGGAGUUCAUGAAAGGCUUCAAGGAGGCCGGCUUAGUGACCUGUGGGAAGCAUUUCCCGUCUUACGGUAAUCUAGAGUUCCUUGGUUCGCAGACCGACGUGCCUAUCAUUACCGAAUCGCUGGAGCAGCUCAGCUUGACUGCACUGGUUCCGUUUCGGAAUGCUAUCGUUCAUGGCUUAGAUUCGAUGAUGGUCGGCGGCGUGUCUAUGUCAUCCGCCGGAGUGAACGUGAUGCACGCUUGCUUGAGUGAGCAGGUGGUUGAUGAUCUGCUCAGGAAAGACCUGAAGUUCAACGGUGUAGUCGUCUCGGAAUGCCUGGAAAUGGAGGCCCUCACCCAUAACAUUGGUGUAGGCGGGGGGACUGUAAUGGCGAAGAAUGCGGGCUGCGACAUUGUUCUUCUAUGCCGGUCUUUCCCGGUGCAACAGGAGGCCAUCAACGGGUUGAAACUUGGUGUGGAAAAUGGUAUCAUUGGUCGGCAGCGCAUCGAACAGUCGUUGCGCAGGGUGCUGACUCUGAAGUCAAAAUGCACCUCCUGGGAGCAGGCCCUUAACCCUCCGGGUCUCCCUUCCCUCACGCAGAUGCAGCCGUCGCAUACCAGUCUGUCCACGAAAGCCUAUAACAGCUCGAUCUCGGUGAUUCGCGACAAGCAGAACUUGCUCCCUCUGUCCAGCAUCCUUGAGUCAAGCGAGGAACUAUUGCUAUUGACACCCUUAGUGAAACCAUUACCCGCCUCUGCGGUGUCUCGAUCAGUCCUCGAGCACCUUAGUUUGCCCCUCGACACGGUAGCUGGGGAUCGGACAGCCUCUGUUCUCAGCGGCGAAAGUGUUUUCAAAGAACUAGGAAGGUCUCUUUCCCGACAAAGAAAUGGCCGUGUAUUACACACCUCUUACACGGCCAACGGUGUGCGCCCUAUUCACGAGAGCUUGAUAGAUCGGGCCGGUGCAGUAAUUGUUGUCACCGCAGAUGCUAAUAGAAAUCUCUACCAACACGGAUUCACCAAGCAUGUGGCCAUGAUCUGCCGGUCCCAGUUUACGCCAGCCGGGGAGGCUUGCGAGAAGCCCAUGGUAGUCGUUGCAGCCAGCUCCCCCUAUGACUUCGCGACAGACCCUUCUAUUGGAACCUAUUUAUGCACGUACGACUUCACGGAGACGGCGCUGGAGGCGCUUGUCAAGGUACUUUAUGGAGAAAUGGCCCCCAUGGGCUCCCUGCCAGGAUCAAUCAAUCGAAGUCAGAAACUGCAUCAAGCGCGCCAGCACUGGCUCGUGGAGAAUUGGAACGAGGAGCGAGACGCCCACGCUUUGGAUUCUCUAUUAGAUGCGUUGAGAGAGGAUUGCACUCAUGGGCAGCGCUCGGAGCUGCUGGGUGUGACAUCCAGUAGUUUCCUUCUGCGAAGAGAAGAUAUUGACGAGGGGCACUUCGUUGUACGCAACAGCAGCACGCGAGCCCUCUAUGGAUUUUGCUCAACAUACUUUUUUAGGUCCACGGGCACUGGCGUGAUCGGAUCGUUAAUUGUUGACCCGACAAGACGAAAACUCUCCAUCGGCAAUUCCCUGCACAACCGAGCCAUCCGGACCCUCCUUCAGCGAAAAGGAGUACGGAGGUUCCAGCUCGGUUCUCGCCUUCCCGGGAUUUACCUUGGCAUUCCAUCCGCCAACCAGGUCGAGCGCAAGAGGCUACGGCAAUGGUUCGCGAACCUGGGUUGGAACACUUCCCUUUCGCGACCCGUUUGCAGCGUAUACCUGCGCAACCUGUCCACCUGGACCCCUCCGGAUGGGCUGGUCCAAGGUCUGCAUAACGCAGAUGUAGCCUUCGAUCUCGUCUACGGGUGGGAUUCCGCGGAUCUGAUCCUCGACCAUAUCAAGACGAAUUCCAGGCAGGGUGUGGUAGAUAUCUAUAAACUGGCGCUGGGAGGGGCACCUAAUUCGGGGGUCAUCAGAGCUACGCGGCCUCGGGAUGGAGUGAUCCUGGGCAGCGUUGUUAUUUACAACGAACGAGCGACUUUGGCGGAGCACAUGCCGGCACUCAAAUCUACACCUGGCUCAGCUGGCGGCAUUUCCUCGCCGGUGAUCUCGCCGUCGGUUGGGGAAUAUGCUACCGUGAUGCAGGGCCUCGUCUUUCUGGGGAUCAAACAAAUCCGUAAGCAAGGAGUCGAGGCCGUUAUCAUGGAUUGUGUUGACGGAGAUGGCAAUUUUGACUGCCUGGCAGGAAUGGGCUUCAGCACGCUGCACAGCUUUGAGGAGGUAAAUUGCGAUGCCUCGACAUGGACGAUGAUCACUGCUACGUAG